AUGCAGCCGAACAGGGGCAACGAGAUCGACCAGACACCCGAGCUCAGUCGAUCUUGCACCUCUUGGCCCAGCCCUUGCGUAUGUUCUCUGGGACGAGAAGACCUGCAAAGGGAGCUGGGAAUCUUCAAAGAGGCGCUGGCACAGGAGUUCGAGCAUCAAAGGACCCUGGAGUGUCCGCUGCGGGAAGCGGAGGAUGAACUGCUGAAAUGCAGAGAGCUGCACAAAGAGAAGCUGGCAAAGGAGCAAGAGAAGUGGAGAACCAUACUGAGAAACAGACUUCAGAAUGCACUUGCCAACCUUAGCAUGGAGCGCGACAUUGGUUUACAGAAGACUCUGGCGCUGCAAAGCGAGCUGCGAGAGAGCCAGGAUGAGAUGUGCAGCCAGGCGAAGAGGCACGAAGAAGAAUUAGAGAUGUGGAGAACCAUGCUGGGCACUUCCGCAACGAUGCAUGAGGGCACAAAGGAGAAAUUGAAAGAAGCGGCAAAGAAGCUCCAGGCUGCUAAGUCUGCUUUUCAGGGAGAACGAGACAAGAAAGAAGCUGCUGAGAGAAAGCUGCGGGAUAUUCAGGCCCUGCCUGCUGGCAAUACGAGAUAA